ACGUGUGUGAAACUGUGAAAGGUUAUUCAUGUUGUCAAAAAAUAGUAAAACCAGAAUUGUUUUUCGCAUUUUAAUAUAUAACAAAUAUUAAAAAAAUGGCAAAUAAUUUAAUUGAUGAAGUCGAAAUUAAAAAUGAAAUUGUAGAAGCCGAUACAAUGCAAAAUGAGCGAAUUAAAAAUGAAAUUCAAGAAGACAGCAGCAGUGUUAAAAUGGAAGAAAUACUAGAAAACAGCAGCGAUUUAAAAGAUGAAGAAAAUAAUGAAAAUGAUACAAUUAACAACGAAAAUGUUAAACUUGAAAGUGAAUUAAGUGGUGACACUGAAGAUCAACAAACAUUCCCAUGUAAUGUUUGUGACAAAACAUUUUCCAGGCAUUGGGGCUUAAUUCAACAUAAACGACUUCACCCUGGAGAAAAGCCAUAUUUUUGUGAUGUGUGUAACAAAACAUUUAAUAAGAAAAGUAAUUUAGUGAAACAUAAAUGUACACAUACUGAAGAAAAUUCAUUUUCAUGUGAUAAGUGUGACAAAACAUUCAACAGAAAAAACAGUUUGAUUAAACACAAAAUGAUACAUUCUGGGAGUAAACCAUUUUCAUGUGACAUUUGUAAUAAAACAUUUAACAGAAAUUGGAGUUUAGUUCAACACAAGCGAAAUCACACUGGAGAAAAAUUAUUUUCUUGUGACAUAUGUAAUAAAAAAUUUGUUACUAGUACUCAUUUAAUUGAACAUAAACGGACUCAUACGGGAGAAAAACCAUUUUUAUGUGAAUUGUGUAAUGCAACUUUUCAUCGUAAAAGUAUUUUAGUUAAACAUAAAAUGUCACAUACUGGUGAAAAACCAUUUUCAUGCGAUGUGUGUGAAAAAACAUUUAAUAGACAUUGGAGUUUACUUGAACAUAAACGGACUCAUACUGGUGAAAAACCAUAUUUAUGUGAUAUUUGUAGUAAAUCAUUUACUAAUAAAAGCCAUUUAGUUGGGCAUAAAAAGACUCAUACUAAAGAAAAAUUAUUUUCGUGUGACAUUUGUAAUAAAUCAUUUGCUAGACAAAAUAAUUUAGAUGUACAUAAACGAUUACACAGCGGAGAAAAACCAUUUUUAUGUGAUGUUUGUAGUAAAUCAUUUAAUCAAUUACAUCAUUUACUUAAUCAUAAAAGGACUCACGCCGGAGAAAAAACAUUUUCUCAUAACAAAUCAAGUGAACAAGAGAAAGAGGAUUCGUUGCCAGUUAUUUACGGGAAUAUUAAACUUGAAAAACAAUUAAAUACAGAAGCGAUUGCUAAAAAUGAGGACCAUUUACAUCCCGAUAAAUCGCUUUACACCGAAGAAAAAGCAUUUUCACGAAAUAAAUCUGAUGAACACGAGAAAAAGGAACAUUUAUUGCCCGUUUUUCACGAAAAUAUUAAGCUUGAAAAACAAUUAAAUUCGGAAGUCAUUAUUAAAGAUGAAGAUUGCGUUAAACUUCCAGAAUUGCAAAUUAAAGAUGAAAUAUUGGAAGAAAGCAACAGCGAUAGCAUGGAAGAGAUACCAGAUAACAAAAGUGAUAUUAGUUGGGAACCUGAACCAAAUCAUGAAAAUGGGAGCAGAUUAAAUGCAGAAAUAUUAUCAAUUAAAGAUGAAAUAUUAGAUCCGAGUGUUUUAGAACCACAAAUUCAAAUUACCGAUAAACCAUUUAUAUCUCCAAAAUUAAAAAGAAAAGGUUCAAUCAAACAUAAACGGACUUGUACGGGAGAAAAAUCAUAUUUAUGUGAUAUUUGUAGCAAAGGAUUUGAUAGCCGAAGUCAUUUAAAAGAACAUAGUAGGACUCAUACGGGGGAGAAACCAUAUUUAUGUGAUAUUUGUAGCAAGUCAUUUACCCACGGGAGUAGUUUAGUUAAACAUAAAAGAUCACACACGGGAGAAAAACCAUUUUUAUGUAAUAUUUGUAAUAAAACAUUUACGAGUCAAAGUCAUUUAAAUGAACAUAAACGGAUACACUCUGGAGAAAAACCAUAUUUAUGCGAUAUUUGUAGCAAGUCAUUUACUCACAGGAGUACUUUAGUAAAACAUAAACGGACUCACAGUGGAGAAAAACCAUUUUUAUGUGAUAUUUGUAAUAAAAAAUUUAGUAGGCAACACGAUUUAGCUCAACAUAAUCGGACUCAUACUGGAGAAAAACUUUUUUCAUGUGAUACAUGUAAUAAAAAAUUUUCUAUUAGUAGGCAACUACUUGAACAUAAACGCAGUCACGCCGGAGAAAAACCGUUUUCGUGUGAUAUGUGUAAUCAUACUUUCAAUAGAAAAAGUAGUUUAAAUUCACAUAAACGUCUCCAUACUGGUGAAAAACCAUUUUCAUGUGAGACUUGUAGCAGAACAUUUAAUAAGAAAAGUAAUUUAAAUAAACAUAAAUUGAUUCACAAUGGCGUAAAACCAUUUUCAUGUGAUAUUUGUAGUAAAUCAUUUUCCGAUAAAAGUAAUUUAACUAAACAUAAACGGGGUCACAUUAAGACUGAGGUUUCACGAGCUCAAUCGAUUUUAACACACGUUUUUUCAACGGCACAUUUGUUAGAAUGACAGAGUGUUAAAUAAUGUUAGAAAUAAUAAACUCAACCAUUACUCGCUCACUCGCUCGCUCUGCGCAGUGUGCUCAGUGUAUUUGUGUGCACUGUUGUGCAAACUUAGAAAGCACCCUUAUACAAUAAGUGUGUAUGAACCAUGGAGGCUAUAAAGAAGGAGAACGACCGCAAUAGAAAAUAUUGUCCCCAAA